AUGUCAGAGUCAAUCCUCUUAGUAAUCUUGGGUAUAUUAGUAUUAAUCUACCUGUUCAUUAAAUCAUUAGAUUAUUUCAAAGAUGUACCUGAUCUUUAUUUAUUAGAACAAUCAAAUCAUGAUGCUGUACGACUUCAAAAUGAAUCUCCAAUAUAUAGAUCAAAUAAAUUAGAAACUGGUCAUAUAAGAUCUGGAUUAGAUAUUAGAUAUAAUUCUUAUAAAUUACGUCUGGGGAAUUUAUGUGAUAUUUGGACUAUUUUAAUUAAUCAUUUACAAUAUAAUAAAGAUUAUCAAUUAACAAUUGAAGAUCAAUCAAUUCCAUUUUCAAAAAUCAAUUAUAUUGUACAUGAAUUGAUUGAACGUAUCAAAAACAAGUAUACAUGUAUUAGAAUCCCAAUUAAUCAUGAUAUCGAUUAUAAAUGGAUUAUUGUUGUAAUUGCAGGAUUAAUAUCACAAACAACUAUAGAAUUCUAUGAGUUUGACGAAUCAAAGGAAAAUGCUAUAGACAUAGAUGCUUUAACAUUAGCAGAACAUGGAAAGGAAUUAUAUUCAUAUGAAAAUAUUUAUGAUCCAAUUAAGGAUAAAGGGAUAGCCAUUAGAAUUAUUCGUAAAUUGAAUAGUGGGAUUAUGUCAACAAUUGAAUUCACUCAAUUAAAUAUUGUUAGCAGUUUAGCAUCAACUAUUAAACAUCUUCCUUCUCAAUCAAAAAUUACAACUGAUGAUUCAAUGUUGAUAAUAACCAACCAUCAAUCAAAUGAACAAUUAAUGAAUAUUAUUAAUAAAUUUCUAAUGGGAUUAAUAACUCAUCCGAAAUUGACACUUUCUAAAGAUAUUUCAAAAAUCAAUUCAAUCAAGCCAACCAUAUUAUCUAUUCCAGAAAACUUACUUCCAAUGCCAUUAGCCGCUUCAAACAUUUUCCUUCAAUUUAAACAAUGGUUAUUAUCCCGUGGGAUCUUCAUCAAAGGUUCCAAUAAUUUACGAUUAAUCUAUUUGAAUAAUUCAAUUAAUCAACAUAAUCCCAAAUAUAAUUGUAUUGAAAUCUCCCAACUUCGAACACUUUAUCAAGCUCACAUAAUUCAAGAAUGGGGAUAUUAUAACGUACUCGGUCCAAUCAUCCUUUCUGAUUAUUAUGAAUAUCGUACUUUUGCUCCUGGACCAUUUGGAUGCAUUUGUCAAUCUUUAGAAGUUAAAUUAACUCAUGUAGAUGAAAAACGGAUAGGGAUAGUUAAUAUUAGAGGAUAUAUUAUUGGAAAGACAGCUAAUAGAGUUAUUGGAAGAAAUAAUAUGAUUGAAGAUAAUAAAGAUGUUAUGGGUCGUAAUGAUGGAUUCAUGCCUUUAAGAAAUGUCAGAGGAAAAUGGGGUAAUGAUGGAUGUUUGUAUAUAAUGUAA